CCAAAAUUUUUAAUCACAAUAAUAACAACUAAGGAUAUGAAAAAUCAGAGUGCAAAUGAAAAUUAUUUAAGGAAAAAUUAUAUACUGAACUUAACCACAAAAAUUAGUUAUACUAUAUACUAUUUUCUUUCAUGCUCCAAAUUUAUGCAUACAUUUUCUGUUUUACAAUGAAAUUUAAGCAUGCAUUGAAUCAAUGCAAAAUCACUUAUAUAGUUCAUGUUAAGUUCUUAGUUUACAGCUGGACAGUCAAGAUAAUGUUUGAGUACCAAAUAUUCUGUAAAUUGUUCUUCUUGAAGCAGAGGACCUGUAUCAGUUGUAAUUGAAAUAGAGUUUUUUUACGUAAUAUCAAUCUGAGAUGGGAAGAUGAAUUAGAGAUGUUAUUUAUAGAGAAACUGAGACAAGAUAUGUGAUCUUCAUAAUUUUUAUAUGAAAUGACUGAAGUUAAAAGAGCUCAAGUCUUUCCAUACACCAGUGAAGACAUUCCGACCAUCUUAAAACGAACCCCUGGGCAUUCAUAUGAUGGAGUUAAAUGCAUGACAUGUAAAUAUUACAUUAAUGUUCAUGGAAAAGAAAAGAAAAUUAUAAUCAUGUGCCCAGCAUGUAACGAAGCAACACCAAUUAGAAAGCCUCCUGGAGAUAAAAUGUUUGUGAGAUGCGUUUGCAAUUGCUUAUUAGUGUGCAAAACUUCAGCUCGUACAAUAAUGUGCCCUAGACCUAACUGUGCAACACUGAUAGAUAUUGCUCAGAAGACAGGCAGAAGUGCAGCUAUUUCAAAUCCUGCAAAUAUUGUGUUCAUUUCUUGUGCAUUUUGCCAUCAUAUAUUUCAGUAUGAUGUAUUCACUAAGAAACUGGCUUUAUGUCCUUACUGUGCCAAAAAGUCAGCAGUCAGAAAAGAAUUUGUUCGACGGCGAACAAUACCUCUUUUUACAUUAGCAGUAUGUUUUCUAGUGGCUGGUAUUACAAUUCCAGCAGUAACAUUUGGGAUUGUUACAAGCUUUCCAGGAAUUAUAGCAGUAUAUGUAGGUUUAUUUCUAGUUUCUAUUAUACUUUUCUUGGCAGCAGUAUUUUUUGACACAAUUAGAGUGAGUGAAGUUGUACAGUCAAAUACAUAUGACGAAUAAUUUCAUUUCUAUAUUUUAAAAGGGUAGAAAAUUGUAUAUUUAUAUGCUGAGCAAUAGUAUCAUUAAAAAUUUUGUUAUUUCUUGAAAUAUAUAUUUCUUAAAGGAAGAAGAUGGCUAACAAAGGUACUCAUUAAAUUUAUUUUCAUUUUCCAAACACAUUUUGUAUUACUUACAUGAAUUCAAUUUUUCCAAUUUUUUAAUUGAAUUAAGAAAUACACUACAGCUCUUCAUAAUAAAUUCAGCAACUAAUGUAGCAUUCAUUUUUUUGUAACCAGAAGUUGUGAAUUUACACAAGCACUUUUAUUUCAGGCUGAUGAAGUAGACUCAACAUCAGCAUAAAAAACAUCCAUGAUAAUUUUUAAUAAUUGAGCAACUACAAUACUUAUGCAUGAUACAAUAUAAAAAAUUUGCUGGGAUACCGAAUGAUAUAAGCUUUCAUGUUAUUCAAUACUAAAAUAUUAUAUAAUUUUAACAUUGGAGAAAAGAUAAUUAGUCAGGAAGUUAACAUAUACGUAGCGUAUUCGGAAACUAAGUACCGUUUCAUUCUAGUGCAGUCGCAGCGCUGUGGUAGGCGUCCCACGCAUGCGCACUAGUCUUUCUUGUUCACUGACUUUCAAUUGUCGCCAUUUUGG